AUUGUCUUCCUUGUUCGUGUUGUUCCCUUUGGUGUUUUUUUUCCUUUCCCUUACAUAACCAUGACCGCACCUACUUCAGCCGAGAAUACCUUUCAAAUUCCCCUCCAUCCCGAUGCUCCUCUUCAAGUACACUCGCUUGGCAUUCUAGGCACUACCAGCACGCGUUCAGCCUUCUUGAAUGCCAUUACACGUCCAGUCUUUGAAGCCAAGACGGCUGGAAAUGUUAGUGACUGUAUUAAAGAUAUGGCCGGCAAGUUGCAGCGCCAUGAUAUUUUCACGAAUAUCAAGGUCACCGUGGCCACCAACCAAAGCGUCAACGACGCGAUCGAUGUUAUCGUAAACAUGGAAGAAAAGCCUCAAUCUGUAUUCUUGACUUCGCUUGGCGUUGGCGACAAUGAAAUGAACUUGAAAGGUGGUCUUGCUGUGCGCAAUGUUUUGGGCGGGGCUGAAACCGUGGAAACGACUUUUUCAUUCGGUAAUCGUACCAAAGCCGCUCUUGAGGGUUCGGUGGGUAUGCCUAUCAAUGCCUCUCCUGAUGCUCGGGUGAGUCUCUUUGCCAACGCCGCAAAGAAGGACUAUUCCAUGAUCAACUUUUAUGAUGAAUCGUCCAAAGCAGCUGGUGUCCGAUUCAAUGGAUGCUCAAAAUACGGUCACCACGAAUUAUCGUACGCAUUGACCCAUCGUGAUAUCACUGCACAUACCAAAUCGUCUUCAACUGUUCGUGCUCAAUCAGGCGAGAAUGUGAAAUCAUCCAUUUACCACUCUUUUGUCUGUGAUACGCGUGAUCGUGUUGCUGCACCCACGUCAGGCCAUUACUUUGGUGUUUUCCAAGAGUUCGCUGGUCUUGGUCAACGCGGCGAUGCCAGCUUCUUGAAGCAAGAAGUGAUUGGACAGUACCACAAGACACUUGUAGGCGAUGAGAAGGCUUCUUUCCGCGUCGUCUUGAGCACCCAUGCCAAGGCCGGUGUUUUGACGGCGUUUGACAACAAGGGUGUCAAUGUUUCUGAUCGUUUCUAUCUCGGCGGUCCCUUGUCAUUGAGAGGAUUCAAGAUGGGCGGCAUUGGCUCAAGAGACAACAAUGACGCACUGGGCGGUGGUGCUUACUGGGCGGCCGGUGCCAGCUUAAUUAGCGAUGUCCCUGGCGCACCCGAGUUGCCUAUCAAACUUCACGCUUUCGUAAAUGCGGGUAACAUUGCUGAUCAUUCGCAAGGUACCAACUUCAAGGCGACCGCGGAGUCCUUGGCUCAAGAACCCCGCACUUCGGCUGGUGUAGGAUUGGUCUUCCUUCACGCUAUUGCAAGAGUCGAGGCCAACUUUUGUAUACCUUUGCAGCACAGAACAGGUGAUAUUGCUCAGCCUGGAUUCCAGCUUGGCUUUGGUCUCAACUUCUUGUAAUCAUCAUCAAUCCACCGUAAUAAAAAGUAUCAAUAAAUUAUGCUACGCAAUUCAAUUAUCAUUGCAAACCAGAGCAUUACAGU